CUGGAGGCGCAAAAGCACUCUCACUAGGGCAGCGACAGACUGCCGAAACCUGCAAAACUCCGGCAGACUUCUCCCUCCCCCACGGCCCCGGCCAGCGCAGCGGGGGCGGAGCCGGGGAAGCGCGUGCGCAAGAGCGAGACCCGCCCCCUGGCGAUGGGCGGGGCUGUGACGUCAGGGGCGCGCGUGGCUCCGGCUGCGCAGGAACAGCUGGUGGCUCGGAAGGCGGCCGGCAAGCGAACGCGCUUGGGCUGUAGGCGACCGCCGCGCGGGGCUGCGGGAGCCGCCGCCCCCUCGCGCCGCCGCACCAUGUCCGGCCAGCUGGAGCGUUGCGAGCGCGAGUGGCACGAGCUGGAAGGAGAAUUUCAGGAACUGCAGGAAACUCACAGGGUCUACAGGCAGAAGCUGGAGGAGCUGACUGCACUCCAGACUCUGUGUAGCAGCUGCAUCAACAAGCAGAAGACACGACUAAAAGACCUGAAGCACACACUCCAGAGGUACAAGCGCCAUGCCAGCCGGGAGGAAGCAGAGCUUGUUCAGCAGAUGGGUGCCAACAUCAAGGAGAGGCAGAACAUCUUCUUUGACAUGGAGGCCUACCUGCCCAAGAAGAACGGGCUCUACUUAAAUCUGGUCCUCGGCAAUGUGAACGUGACCCUUCUCAGCAACCAGGCCAAAUUUGCCUACAAGGAUGAGUACGAGAAGUUUAAACUCUACCUGACCAUCAUCCUGCUCCUGGGUGCUGUGGCGUGUCGAUUUGUCCUUCAUUACAGGGUGACAGAUGAAGUCUUCAACUUCCUGCUGGUAUGGUAUUACUGCACCCUGACAAUUCGGGAGAGCAUUCUCAUCAGCAAUGGCUCAAGAAUUAAAGGCUGGUGGGUUUCUCACCACUACGUGUCCACGUUCCUUUCUGGAGUGAUGCUGACCUGGCCCAAUGGACUAAUUUACCAGAAGUUUCGUGAUCAGUUUUUAGCAUUUUCCAUAUUUCAGAGCUGUGUCCAGUUCCUGCAGUAUUAUUACCAGAGGGGCUGCCUUUACCGGCUGCGGGCCCUGGGGGAGAGGAAUCAUCUGGACCUCACGAAGGAUUCCAGUCCUGGAUGUGGCGGGGCCUCACCUUCCUCCUGCCUUUCCUGUUCUGUGGCCACUUCUGGCAGCUCUACAAUGCUCUCACGUUGUUUGAGCUUUCCAGCCAUGAGGAAUGCAGAGAAUGGCAGGUGUUCGUGCUGGCGCUCACAUUCCUCGUCCUCUUCCUCGGCAAUUUCCUGACCACACUCAAAGUCGUGCACACCAAACUCCAGAAGAACAGAAACAAGGCGAAGAAGCCGUGAGCCCUGGGACCCCUCGAGCCCUUGAGACUGCAGGGGAAUUCCAGCCAGCACCUUCGCUGCCUGUUUCCUCCCAACACCUGGGGUCAGAGGCCAGUGAGAGCAGCCACCUCAGGGCCCAGGGGCAUCGCUGGGACCCGUUGGACAAGAGGAAUGUGACCCCAGACUGUCCUCGCAGUGUUAGCCUGCCCCAGCCUCCCUAUUUAUGACAAUAUUUAAUAUGGGGUCCUCUGGACUUCCCUAGCACCCUGCCUUCCCCCUGUGCCCUCUUGGCCAAGACUGGGUUAGUCUUCCUGUUGGGUGGGCCUAAAGCCUCAGGGAGCCCCUCUCGCCUGCUUCUGUCAUUUGAGCCCCUCUGGUUGGGGCUUGGAUGUGCCUCACUGGGUCUGGAGUUAUGCUGACCUGCGACUUACUGAGACCUAGGUAGGGGUGGAAGGAAAUCCCUCAGCAUCCUGUGGAGCCUCCUUCCCCGGCCCACCUUCUGCUGUAAGCCUCACUGUCUCCCCACCUCCGAGCUUCUGCCCUGGGGAUAUUUAAGUUCUCAGAGAACUA